CUAAUUAUGCAGGCGUUCUUGCCACGUCGAAUGGCUGAGCGCUACAACCUGUGGCAUGAAUUUACGCCCGACUGUGGUUGUGUCGCAGACAAAAGCCCUGCACCAUCCCUUGCUAAUUGAGUGCUCAGAGCACAGCGAGUAACAUUCUCUCAGCUGAACCCAAAAGCAAAUUUUACGUUGAGUCGGUACACUUCAGCGUCAGGGGAAAUUGGACGAGGAUGUCUUCAUCGUUCGGAAAGCAGAAAGGAGCCAUGAAAGAAUCCUCGCCGCAAUCAGGUUAUCCCUCACUGUGGUCGGAAUGGGGGUGGGAUGACAACCGUCAUUUAUGGAAGCGCUAUCGCCUUGAUAGCAAUGGUUCCUACGAGUGUGAUUACUCUUCCCCGCAGGAAGAAGAUUAUUCCGCUGUGCGAAAUAAUCAACUUGCCAACGAACAUGCUUCUUACUCCAGCUCUCAACAAACAUUAUCUAGCUAUCAAGUGGCUCCAUUCUCUAGUGUUAUGACGAAUGCUUAUCGAAGAGAGUCUCAAGACAAGUCUAGUGAUAGAAGGGUGCCUGUCCAUUCAAUUCACAUUACAACGAGCAACCCGAGCACAGACUAUGAGGAAUUGGAUAAAAAGUACAAAAUCCACUCAUCUAAGGCUUUCAGAUUUGGGAGGGUUUUCAAAAUUCUCUGGUCCGAACAGGAUGUAAAUCAUGAGACUGGUGGUUACCACGACUCGGAAUCUAUUGUUCAACGAUUGAAGAGCGGUGGAACUGUUCUUGCCCCAAUUCGGCGAUUUCUCAUAGUUGAGCAGCAGAUAGGACAUUGCAAAUGCCUGCCAAUCAUGACUUAUGGUGGAAAGGGUCUCGACAAACGAGGUAUUCAUAUUGAUGAUCAUGCGGAAAUAUAUUCUGGAAAGCGUCCGUUCUAUACACCUGGAGAAAAAGGCAUGACAAAACACCCAGUGAAGUCAUCAUGCACCAAAGGACAGAAGUUAGACACGCCUUCUUUACUGAACUAUGCAAAGGUGUAUACUGUGGAACACAAUGUUAAGGCUUGCUUUAUCGGCCAGAUCGAUGAAACUUCCGAACGACAUGUAGCCGGCGACUACAAAGAUACGCAUCUGCUUCAAGGCGCGAGACAUGACGACAGCCCUUCUCAGGAUGCCGAUGGUGGACCCCUGGACUCGACAUCUCCAGAGAUGUCGGCCGAGGAAGUCGACAAGCAGUCCUUCCAAGAAGACGUCUCACCAAGUAUCGAUUAUGGUCAACCCGGUCUCGCCAAUCUGAGCCUGCCCGAUCAAAAUCCCUAUGUUCCCCAAUCGAUAGCACCCAGCUACCUAAACAACAAUCAAGAUAGCAGCAGCAUCGUACCUCCAGAUUCAUCAGCUGAGGCCUUUGGAGGACACGAUGCUGGCGAGAAGAAUGCUAAGUUAGUCAACCCGAGCACAAGUGCUGAAAAGAAAGCGGAAUUAUCAAAGAAGCGCUGUACGGGUCACGACUCGGUUUGGAGAGACUACGUUCUGCCUGCAUCUAAUGCAAUCCUUGUGACAUAUCUGGUCGGGCGGGAGUUGAGCGGAAGUUCGGGGGGUUCCCCUGCCCGCGACCCGGCGGACCAGUCGAGCUACCAACGUUCCUUGAUCAACGCGUGGCGCGAAAGAACUGGCGACGGAGCAAGCGUGGGAUCUUGGUCUAGAAGAUCUGACCGCGUUCCUAGUAUUCGAUCGCUGGAAUGAGAGAAAAUGCUUUAACAGGUUAGAGCUUGCAUUUACGAAUGACACGGAUAGAGCUGAAAAUAGACGAUGGGUCGAUGACUGAGUUUGAUGACAAGUUGGACACAUACGUCCCGUAGAGAGUCUCCGAGGAGGAAACUCUUGGUAUUUUGACAUUUUUACUAUUCUGAAACUACCAGCCAAGAGAGGGUACUAUUCGUGCUCUCUGCAGCGCCUCAGUACAUUUUAUAAAUUCUUGGUUGAAAUGUCAAGAACUUUAUUUUUCAGGUUUCACCCAACUGAAUUGUAUGAAUGAUCAGUCAUAGGUAGUCUCGAGAGCUAUGAGGCAUCCCUAGGCCCAUUAGUACAAUACCCAAAGCUUCCAGUCUAGCAUCUAG